UCUCUUUGACCUUCGACAAUUCGAGACGCGCGCCGAGAGUGCCUAGAGAUGGCACCGGCGGAGCUAAAGCUCCGAAUUGGGUCUGCGGAUCCCUUUCCGUUGGAAAUCGAUGAUGAGGAGACAGUAGAAGCUUUGGCAGUCAUGGUGAUCUCCAUGAUGCCUGAACAGUUGGACGAGGAGGAGUUGCCGCGCCUGGUGCACAAGGGCAAAGUGCUGAAGCAUGAGGAGAUCAUCAAAGACCUGGGGAUUCAGAGCACCGACUUCGUGGUCGUGGUGCCUAAGAAAGCACCUGCGGCCCCGGCUGCACCGGCGGCCCCUGCGACCCCGGUUGCACCGGCAGCGCCUCCGGCGGCGCCUCCGGCACCAGCGGCGGGUGGUUCGGCGCCUCCGGAGGUCAUUGCGCAGCUCUGUGCCAUGGGUUUUGAUCGACCCAAAGUGGAGCAGGCUUUGUCAGCAGCGUUCAACAACCCAGAACGCGCUGUGGAUUACCUCUUCAAUGGUAUCCCCGCGUCGGUUGCAACAGGUUUGCCAGCAGCAGGCGCCACGCCCAGCGGGACUGGCCAUUGGGCUGAGGGUGUCCUUGGCCAGCAGUUGGUGACCAAAUCAGGGCUGCAGCCAACUGCGCAAGCCCUGCAGGGGGCCAGCAUAGUGGCGCUCUAUUUCUCCGCCCAUUGGUGUCCACCAUGUCGUGGCUUCACGCCGCAGCUUGCGGCAGCCAUGGCGGGUGAUCGCUAUCCGCAAAUCAAAGUGGUCUUUGUUUCCAGUGACCGAUCAGAAGGUGACUUCCAGUCGUACUAUGCAGAGAUGCCUUGGUUGGCUCUUCCUUUUGGAUCACCACAAAAAGAAAUGUUGGGCAUGACCUAUCAGGUGCGAGGAAUCCCAUCCCUCAUCAUCUUGGAUGGCAGUUCUGGACGUCUCAUUUCCUCAGACGGACGUGCAGAUGUGGGAGGAGCUUACUUCAACAUGCAGAGUUGUUUGGAGAAAUGGGGAGUGGCAGCACCCCCACCUCCGCCUGUGGAGGAGAAACCUCCAGCGGCCCCAAAGAAGGCCUUGCCAGAGGCACUACCUAUUGACGAAGAGGUUGCAAAGGCUGCCCUGUCUCGCGUAGACUCGGAAGUGUAUGAGGUUCAAGAAACCUUCUUCCGAACUGGUCUAAAGGUGUGGAUCUCAGUUCCUGGGCGCUGUGGGCUCCAGCUGGGAGUUUCCAAAGCUGCAUGGGCUCUGCAAGAGUUGGCUCAAGAUCGCUACGCUUGUGGCACAUCCCACGAGCCACGAGCCAAAGCAGGAACGAUGCUGGGAACUUUAUACUACUUGGAAGAGUUGAAAUACAAGGCUGACAAGGCCUUGAUCGCGGCACAAUUCAACGGCCUGUCUUUAAACACGUCGAAAUUCGAGAAGGACUCUGAGAAGCCUGACUUCCGGGUGCAGAACCCCAUUGGCAAGGUCCCCUUUCUCGAGACCAAACAUGGCUGCAUUUGCGGUAGCGCCGCUGUGGCAAGAUACGUGGCACGGUGCCGCGCGGACACUGAGCUCUACGGCAAAACCUUCACUGAUGAGAGCGAGAUCGAAGAUUGGUUGGAAUUCUCCCUGCACGAGGUGGAGGUUCCUUUGAUGGAUUGGAUUUACCGCCACAAAGGCCUCAUGGAGAAAUCCACAUCUGCGAUCAAAGUUGCGCAGGAGGAUGUAAAGAGAGCUUUAGCUGUGGUAGAGAAACAAUUGUUGCAGAGCGACUUUCUGAUUGGCGACUUCCUGACCUUGGCAGACAUCGUUUUGGUGCGCUGGGCUGCCGUUUAG